AAGGAUCCAACUCUCAUUUAGCGAGUUUAGUGUGGAGAUAGAAAAGAAAAGACGGAGGAAGCCCUAUUUGUAGCUGCUGAGAAAGUUGUGUAGAACUGCAUUUAUUUGCAACAUUGAAAUAAAAUGAAGAUCUGGACAUCGGAACACACAUUUAACCAUCCAUGGGAAACAGUGGCCCAAGCUGCAUGGAGAAAAUACCCAAAUCCUAUGAAUCCAGCAGUUAUAGGUACAGAUGUAGUAGACAGGAAAGUUGUUGAUGGAGUUCUACAUACACAUCGACUUGUCAGCUCCAAGUGGGGCUUCCCAGGAUGGGCACAGUCUAUUGUUGGAUCCACCAGUGUGUGUUAUGCCAGCGAACAUUCUGAGGUGAACCCAAGCACAAGGCAAAUGAUUCUGAAGACAAGAAAUUUAACAUUCUGCCGCUACAUUGCUGUAGAUGAGACAGUAAGUUACGCUCCUCAUCCUCAGGAUCCAAGCAAAACUCUUCUAAAGCAAGAGGCUGUUGUGACUGUAAGGGGAGUUCCACUUACCAGCUAUGUAGAAGAUCUUCUUACCAGCAAAAUUUCACUCAAUGCAGGAAAGGGCAGACAGGCAAUUGAAUGGGUGAUUGACAAAAUUGAUGCUGAAGUGAAAGAGAUUGCCAGCAGUGCAGUGAAAAGUACUGAUGAACUCUUCACACAAACAAAGAAGUCUUUUGAUGACAUCACAACAACAGCCCGAAAGUCUAUGGAUGAUAUAUCAUCAGCUGCAAAGAAAUCUUUGGAUGACCUGCAAAAUCUGGCCAGUGUCCCGAAACGAACUAACCAACAUUUACCGAAAAUUUAACAGUGAUUAUUUUAGAUGGUUAUAAUUUGAACUGAUGGAUUCAUUGACCACUGUUCUUAUUAUCACAGCUGUUCAUGCUCUGAAACCCCAUAUAUUUAAGUAAAAAUGUAUUAAAGGGUUCAGUUCAAUUUAACAUGCCAUGAAUCUUAAGUUAAUAUGUAGGUUAUAUAAUUUAAUGUUGUACCAAAAUAAACUGACUAUGAUGUGCCUUUCAUUGCAAUUUACAGUGGUGUGGUUUUACACUUGUUCAUCCAGUCAUGUCAGCCAAUAACUAAAGUAAAGGUACUCCAGGCUGGCUGGUCCAGCCAUGUGCAACACCACAGAGGAAUUACUUUUUAAAGGAACAUUGCGCUUGUAUAUUUUAUGUAAUUCUGUCUUGACAGCUGUUGGGAACAGUUACAGUAAUGUGUUAUAUUAGCAGUUCCUGUUUUUUUUGGCUUAAUGUAACAACUUUUGAAAUUACAAAGUUGUCAAAAAGUAAAGAACAAAGGUAAGGUUGUAGUUGGAAGGAAAUUUGAAUAUUGUAUAUAUGAAGUAAAGCGUCCCCCCAGCAUUGCAUACAGCUUAUCAGUUAAAUAAACAUGUCCCAAAACUAAUUUGCACAUGUACAUCAGCAGAUAACAUUCCUCAUAUCUGUACAGCUGAGCCAAAUAAAGAUGUGUGAAUAUUUUUUAAAUGUAGUUUGGCUAUCUAUUCAGAUGUUGCUGAACAUGUUUUCAUAGACUAAGUUGAAGAAAUGCUGUGCAUUUCCUGUAUCACAGAAUUAAUGAAUGUACUGUGUACUGUUGUGCAAGUCACAAAUAUUGGAAGUAUAUUGUAAUCAUUAACUUAAUUUGAUAGUUUGACUUACUGGAAUAUUGGACAUGUAGAUUAUUUAUAAUAGAGUCAUAGCAGAAUUCUUGUAUUUCAUGUAGAUGUAAUAUUUUAUUUCUUAAAAGAACUUCAGUUUUUUUGAGAACAUGUAUUUGUUUUGCUGUAGCUUUAUUUUAUAGACACAGUAACCUUCAUAUUAUUAUUGAAUGUAGUUCCACCUAUUUCUGUGUCUGUCUUAUAUACCAGGAAGUGGAAAGAAAAUGUAGGUCAAGGAAUGCCUUUCCCUAAUCUCCUCACAACCCUUUCCUGGUAGCUGCUGCAACCAGCUACUCUCUGGUCUGGUCAUACCAAGAGUUUGAUUAGAAUCAUGCCCUUCAUAUUGCUCCUGAAUGAAAUGCUGUAUGGUUCUGGAAUAAGGUUACACAUAUAAUAAUGGGGUGUCUAAUACAGCAUAGGAAACAUGACAUAAGUCACUGAACCACUUCCCAGCAAAAUUAGAUUUGUGUAUAAAUAUUAUACAAGGUAACAGACAUACGAGUAUUCAAUGCCUGCCUUGUGAUUGAGCCUUUGAUUCCUCACCAGUUUUCUCUGCUAUUGUCUUGCCUAACCUCAGUUCCCUGCAUACCCCCAUUAAUGUGGUUCACUUAUUUGGAAAGUACCAAUGACUGACCAUCAACAGUCAUAGAAUACAGAGCUCCAUGAUGUAGAUCACUUUGUAGUUCAUGUCGGUGUUUGUUGUUCAGGCCUGUAGACACUCAGAUGCUGAACCUUUGGUCAUUUCUGACUGAAGACAUAGCCUUACAGUAAGCCCCAUGGAUGAUUUUACCAUGAUAAGUCUUCCCCUUCUGAUCAAUAACUAUACCCCUUUACUCUGAAGUUGGUCAUAGAGCUGUAUACAGGCACUUUGUCAUACAUAUUCACCUGCUGUGGUCAGCUGUCUGUAGUCCAUUCCACAUACCUUACUGUUGUGUUAAGCUGUUAUAUCUUCUCAUUCUAUGACCAUGAAACUCAGAUUUCCUAAUUUUAUUUCUGCGAGGUUGUCAUAUAAGGGUCUGUGUUAAAAAUCGAGGAAUAUUGUAGAAAUGUAUAGAACACGUAACCAAAAAGAGCAUAUAUAUAUAUAUAUAUAGUAGAAGUUCCUUACACGUAUAUCUGCCUGAUGUGUUUGCAUAUAUAUAAGGAUUUUGUGUACCAGCAAAAAGAACUAGCAUAGAAAUGGUAAACAAUCUGAAAGAGCAAGGAUGUAUUUUGAAUGUUCCCUGUACAGAUAUCUUUCAGGUGGAUGAGUAUGUGCAUAUGAAUUGUUCCCCAACAGAAGUACAUAAUAAAUGAAAUGGCUCUUUUUGGAUGCUGAUACCCA